AUGGCAAACUUUACCAAGGGCCACGAAGGCCUGAAGAAUGCCUUCGUACUGACACCUACGUCUCUGGAGGACCCUGUAUUGUUCAACUCACAGGAAGGUCUGGAGACCAUCCACACAUAUGGUGGGGUUCCAAAAGAAGAACUUCUAAGCCAUGUGUUGCGAAUUAGAGAUGAGGCCUGGUCCAAACACACGUUCCCCUGCAUAGGGAUGCUCUCAUUCCUAGAUUUUGGUAUCUCGAAGCUUAGCGUAUACCCAGAGAUUCUGAGCCGAGUCAAGGCAGGAGAGAGCCUGAUCGACUUCGGAACGUUCUUCGGCCAGGACCUACGGCGCCUUGCUGCUGACGGUGCCCCAACGGAGAACCUGUAUGCUACAGACAUCGAGGGACUCUUCUGGGAACUCGGUUAUGACCAAUUCCGCGACGCUGGCCGCUUUAAGGCCAUCUUCAUUGAGGCCGACGCGCUGGAUACAUCGCGCGAGACGUCGCCCCUGCUCUCUGACCCUAGGCUGCUGGGAAAGCUUUCCAUCAUCCACAGCGGUCACUUCUUGCAUCUUUUCCCCAAGGAAGAUACGCUGAAGAUCAUUUGCGACGUCUUCCUCCCGCUUCUAAACCUAGAGCAACCCGGUGCUCUCAUAGUCGGACGUAACGCAGGCCUCAAGGAGGCCAAAUUGGUCAAGACGCUCGUCCAGCCCCAGAGCACCAGGGUCAGCAACCCACUGGAGAGCUUCUCGCACAAUGGCGAGACCUGGAAGCAAUUGUGGGAGGAAGUUGGGGAGAAGACGGGUACGAAGUGGGACAUUCAGAUCAAUCAAAUAGAUCUGGAUGGGUAUGGAAAAGGAGCUGGAUUCGUCCAGGUCUCGUUUGCCUGCAAAUAUCUGGGCCGGGCCUGA